AUGGGCCAGGGCCAGAGAAGGGGGCAGGAGGCUGGAAAGAAGGAUGAAGAAGAGAUCCAGAGGCAGCAGAGGAUGGAAGACCAAGAUAUCACCAUCGGCAAAGAGAACGUCCAGGCCUGGGGUGCUGGGUUUGGGGAAAGGCCUGCCUGGCCCUGGCAUCUCUCUGCAGCAGGUACAAAAGCCUUUCCAGCUUCCUUCCCGCGAGGCGGCUUUGCAGACAAGAACUUGCUACCCCUGACACCCGGGCAACUGGCAGCGUUCCAGGAUGUCUUCAAACUGUUCAGCUCCAGCCCGACAGGCACCAUGGACAUGCGCAAGAAAGCUGCCCAGUGCCAUGUGGGUGUCCAGCUGAGCCCGCAGGAGAUGUGUGAGGUUCUGCAGCAGGCAGACUUGGAUGGUGAUGGAACCGUAAGCUUCAAAGACUUCCUGGGUGUCCUCACUGACAGCCACCGACUAGCUCAGUGCUUGGGCAAGGUGAGGAACAGCCGGGUCUGUGGUCCCCAGGGCUUGCAAACCCUGUUCUUAGAGAUGCUGUUCAAGUUGAUGAGUCUGGGCUUUGUGCCCUUCAAGUCGGUACAGGAGGUGAUGAGCUACUACUACAAGAAGCAGCGGUCUCUGCGGCCGAACUCGAACUGGAAGGGCGGGUCCGGCGGCCACGGCCGCACCUCGCGCUCUCAGGCGGGCCUCGCGAUCUUCUGCCAGGCCGCGCACCUUAGCGGCCUUUCCAGUGCCGAGUUGGCGUGCUCGCUGCACGGACUGCACAAAGCGGGUGCGCGCAGCGCCUACUCCCAGAUACCUAACCUGAACGGGCGGACGCAGUCAGAAUUCCACACGCGGAACCGAACCCCGCGCCCAGACGUCCGACUUCCCAAGUCCUACCAGCCCAGCCAACCCAAGCGCCGGCCCAACCGUGGGCGGCUCAGCCAAGGGUUCGUGGGCCAGACGCUAGGGUAUACGCGCCCUUCGAAGCUGGCUCCCUCCCCACCAACUCUAGUGCAGAAGCAGCCCUUCUCCUUUCCAGCCUGUUUGCAGAGACCUGCUAUGAAGAACUUGUACAAGUAA